UCGCGUCGAGUGGCUACGGUAAGGUCCCGGAGCCUCGGGGUGGCGACGGGAACGUUCGAAUCCCCCUCGGUGCCUGCGCGUAUCUGCAGGUUGUCGCCUUUUCCUGCCCAAAGCGAGAGGAUCUCUCCGAUCCCUGUCCCCCUCCUCCGGAAGGACCUCUCCGUGGACGCCCCUGGCGGUGUCCCGACCCCUGCAGCCGGCCGCCCCCUCGGAGGGACAAGGAAGAGCUUCCAGGCGGGCGAGGGAAAGAGGGAAAGUAGCCAGCCAUGUCGAACGCAAUGUAUAAUAAGAUGUGGCAUCAGACCCAAGAGGCCCUCAGUUCUCUGCUUGAUAAAGAGUCUGAGACUGUGAUGGAAUCACAGAGAAAUCAAGGUUUCAUCUUCCAAAUGUUAGCCACCUUCUACAUAAAAUACGUGCAGAUCUUUAGAAACCUGGAGAAUGUCUACGACCAGACUGUCCACCCACAGAAACGACUGCUGAUCCGGAAAAUACUGGACGGGGUGAUGGGUCGCAUCCUGGAACUGAAGCAUGACAUGGUUGAAUUGGAAUUAACCGAGUUUCAUUAUUUCGAUGACAUCCUACAGGACCUAAAGUUGGCUCCCCAACAAUUAGAUAUUCCCAUCCCCAAGUAUUUUUUGAAGGAGAAGUUGGAAGUAAUCAAAGGAAGAGAGAAAAUCCUGGCUCAGAUAUUAGCUGACACUGGAUUAGAUAUGGCUGAAAAGAAAUACUCUGUGAAGAGUAUACCCCUAGAAGAGGCCGUGAAAGUAAUCCAGAUCGCUGAGAGGGCGCGGCAGGGUCGUCUAAGAGCCAUGUUCAUGAAGCAGAUCUUUCUUCAAGAAUACAGAGCGAAACAAGCCAAGUUCCUUAGCGAGAAAGUAGCGGAUCUGGAGGCCGCAGCGCUGCAGAUUCAGAAGGUCUGGCGAGGUUUCCAUCAACAUAAGAAAACCGAAAAACUGAGGCAGGAGGAGAUGAUAUUCCUGGGUAUGAAUCCACCGCCCCUGUUUAAUGAAGUCAGUGCCACCAUAAUCCAGGCUGAAAAGGUGACCUCCCUGAGGAAUGAGGUGCAGAUAAAGCAUGAAGAGAAAUACAGAGAAGCCUUGGUCACAAUCAAGGAUGAUCUGAAAUUAAUAGAAGGUCCAGAUAUCAAGGAGAACCUUCAAGACCAGAUUCGGCAUUGGUUCAUCGAAUGCAGGAACUUAACAGGCACGUUUCCUGACUACCCUCAUGUAGAAGAAGGAGGGUCAGCUAUUAUUUUCUCCAACAAGACCCCACAACAGGUUACUGAAGAUAUUCUUGCAAGCCAAGAAGAGGAGGAGAAAAACGAAAAGAAUAAAAAGAAGGCAAAGAAACCCAAGAAACCUAAGGAAGAUCAGGAAAAGAAAAGCACGAGGGAAAAAAGCAAGGAAGAAGAUGAGGGGUGGAAAAUGUCACCGAGUGUCUUUCUUCCUACGAUGGAGGAAGGAAAUAACGUAUACAAAGCACUCCUGCCCCAUCAGGCUCUUCACCCACAGCCGUCACCGGGCCCCACCCACCCUCCCCCUCCACUGGUGGCCCGGCAACUCCAGCCCUCCGUGGUCUGGAUCGGAGACACAGAAAAAACCUUCUACAAGAAAGUUCCCAGCGCAGAAAGGAUGAUGGAACCUAAACGCCUGAAAAAACAGCUUCCAAAAAUCCUGAGACUCCUGAAACCGGGUGACAGGAUUCUGAUCGUGGGGACCACACAGCGGCCUUUCGAUGCGGAACUUCAAUCCUUCUGCAAAGUUUACCAAAAAAUUAUUUUGGUUCCCAGACCAGACUAUGCUUCCAGAUUCGUUCUGUGGAAACAGAUCAUUCAACGCAAUGGAGGCAUCAUUACUAAUGCCUUGAAUAUUAGUUGCCUGGCGAAGGUCACCGAUGGCUUCACCCAAGGACACAUAGUCCAGGUGGUUAAAGGCGUGCUCACGGACCGCAGAAUCCACCGGCAAAAUUACAAACCACUUGUGGCGGCGGAGUUCAUGGCAGCGCUAACCAGGAUGAGCCCGGUGUACCAGGAGGAAGAAGAGAGCUUUAAGGACUGGUAUGCCAAAACCCCUAUGGGUAAAAAGCGAGCCUUGGCACUAACAGGAGGGAUCACUGAAAAGGGGAAAGGAGAAAAGAAGGAAAAGAAAGGAAAAAAGGAGAAGACGAAAAAGUAAUGCCUUUCUGAGGAACCAUCCUCGAGUGUCUCAGGGAUGGAGGUGGUCCUGGCUUGACAGGGAAAAGGUUCACCAUCGCCUGUCUGAAGAAGACCCAGGCCAACGCCGUGAGUUCGUCCGCCCCUGCGUUCACUCCGAUCUUUGCAGGCUGUACAAGUUCAACGUCCAUAGCAAUUGUUUCUAGAGCUUGUAACUCUUAAUCUACGUAAAGCUUCUAUAUAACCGAAAUCCACUCAUUACACACUCCACAAUCUUUCCAGCUCAUCAACACCAGUCACCAAAACUAAAAUGUGAUAUUUGGAAAAUCCACUGAUUUGACAAACUAGUAGGUACCUUGAGUCUGUCACCAGCACUCCAGCUUUUUAUUAAUCCGUAUAUACCGCAUAUUAUCUUGCACAUAUUUUGAUAUAUUAAGU